AUGGCAGGGAAGCCGUGGGAGCGCAGCCGGCCCGGGCAGGGCACGAGCAGCCCGGCUGACGGCCUGCCCAAGCCAUGGGAGCGGCCGGCAGGCGCACCCACACAGACUGUGACGCCCGCGGCAGCCACCACCAGCGCACUAGCGGCCGUCACCAGCGGGAGCGGUGGCGGGGCGGCGCAGGCCCCGCCACGCCCCUGGGAGCACCAGGGCGGCGCGGUCACCAGUGCUGCGAGCACCAGCUACGGUGCAGGCUACGGCAGCGGCUACGGCACCUCUUUAUACAACAGGCCGCAGACUGCGUACGGUGGGGGCAUGUACGGUGGCGGCUAUGGAGGCAGCAUGUAUGGCAGCUAUGGCAGCGGAAUGUAUGGGGGCGGCGGCUUUGGCGGCGGCAUGUAUGGUCGACCCGCCAUGUAUGGUGGAGGCGGCAUGUAUGGCAGUGGAAUGUACGGCGGCUACGGCGGCGGUGGAAUGUACGGGCCGGGAAUGAUGGGCCCCUACGAUCCCAACGACCCCAAUGCCCCUCCGCAGCCGCCCUCGGCCUGGCAGGCCAUGCUCCAUGCCAUUUCAGGGGUGGUCCACUUUUUUGGGCGCUUGUCUUUCUUGGUAGACGAGAAUGCACACGCGGUGCACUUCUUCAUCUCUGCGCUGCUGCAGCUGCUAGACAGGUUUGGCUCGCUAUAUGGAGAGCUGGCACGCUUCGUUCUUCGUUUGCUGGGCUUCAAGCCUCGGGACAAGAAGACUGCGGCACUUGGUGGUGCCAGCGGGCAGUGGGAGAGCCUGUGGUCCAAAUGA